GCCCCGUGACAGGCGCCCGAGGCCCGCCUCUGUCCGGCUGUCCUUCAGACAGUGCUUGCGACCAGCUGGCUCAGCCCGCUGGGCGCUGCCUAGGGUCUGGAGAGGGUAGUCCCACCCUGAGGAAGGGGCUCAGGAGGCGCGGGGUGGCUGAGCUCUGCGACCAUGAAGGUCAAAGUCAUCCCUGUGCUUGAGGACAACUACAUGUACCUGGUCAUCGAGGAGCACACGCGGGAGGCUGUGGCCGUGGACGUGGCCGUGCCCAAAAGGGCCCGUCCCCUGCCUGGGGCACUGUGCACCCGGGCCUGGCGCCCCAACACAGGCAGCCACCUGGACCACCUGCAUCUCCCUAACUCCCAUCCCUUUCAGCUGCUGGAGAUCGUGGGCCGGGAGGGGGUGUCACUGACAACUGUGCUGACCACCCAUCACCACUGGGACCACGCCCGGGGCAACACGGAGCUGGCGAGGCUGCUGCCUGGCCUGGUGGUGCUGGGCGCAGAUGAGCGCAUCUGUGCGCUAACCCGCAGGCUGGUACAUGGCGAGGAGCUGCGGUUUGGGGCCAUCCACGUGCGCUGCCUCCUGACGCCCGGCCACACCUCGGGCCACAUGAGCUACUUCCUGUGGGAAGAUGAGUGUCUGGACCCGCCUGCCGUGUUCUCGGGGGACGCAUUGUCUGUGGCCGGCUGCGGCUCACGCCUGGAGACCACAGCUCAGCAGAUGUACCACAGCUUGGUGGAGACCCUGGGCACCCUGCCCCCUGAGACAAAGGUGUUCUGUGGUCACGAGCACACACUGGGUAACCUCGAGUUUGCACAAAAAGUGGAGCCUUGCAACAACCACGUGAAGGCCAAGCUAUCGUGGGCCAAGAAGAGGGAUGAGGAUGAUGUGCCCACGGUGCCCUCAACCCUGGGCGAGGAGCUCCUUUACAACCCCUUCCUGAGGGUGGCAGAGGAGCCUGUGCGCAAGUUCACGGGGAAGGUCGCCCCAGCUGAAGUCCUGGAAGUGCUCUGCAGGGAGCGAGCGAGCUUUGAGCGGGCAGCCGAGCCGCUGCAGCCACAGGCCCGGGCACUCCUCGCGCUGCAGUGGGGACUCCUGAGCAUGCCCCGGCCGAAGUGAGCCCUACGUGGGCUGGGCCACAUGCCCCUCCUCCCUUGGCCCAGAGGAGGAUCAAGCCUUCCUCAGCCCUGCCCAGCCUUAGAGGGUGGGCGCCCUGGCCUUUCCUGGUGUUGGACACCUGGGGCCCCUCUCUGGGCCACAGUGAGCCCUGAGACCUGGGUGUUUGCGAAGCAGCCUAGUGGGAUGCACAGGGCUCCUGAACUUUGAA